AUGAGAAAACACACGCUGACCGAUGGGGGUCACACCAAUGCUCCACGAAAAAAGCAGCGUGUUGAUCCAAAUUGGCCCGAACGGCCGGUUCAUCCGCAAUCUGUCUCCAGUGGCCCAAGUCAGUCGAGUGAAAUAAGUAAACUCCAUUGGGCAAAGGAAUUCGACGAGGUUAACAUUGAUGAUCCAAAUGUCAUUGAAAGAUUCCGGCAGGACGGAGAGAAAUUGGUCGAAUGGAUUGACAACCCCAAUGCACCAGGAUGCGAAGUGGGCAUCUCACCACUGACUUUCCAAGAAGUUAUCUGGGCCCCUCUCAAGAAGGACAGAUACAGAGUCGACAUACGUAAGUGGUCUGAGCCGCCCAGUGAUAUUGCAAGAGAUCUUGACUGUCUAGGGUUUUCUAAAGGUGCCGUGUACCGCCAUAUAUGGCUUCGACGACACGGAAUUGAUCGCGAAGGCCAUCGCAGGUUUACUGAGUAUGGAAACUACACCACCAAGGGCGUGAUAAUUGGUGACAACAUUUGGCGCUAUCAUGGACAUAACUGGUCCGAGAUUGUUCUUGCCCAGUAUAAGAUGGAUUUCGAUAUCAACGACCUCAAACAUGUCUACUUCGUGAACGUGGUGAAUGUGCAGACAUUUCCAUACGUCAAGGAUAUUAUUUACGAACAGCAUGGCAUUUCAUUUUCCAAUCAAAGCCUCCCAUUGACUUGGCACCACAACACACGGCGAUAUCAAGAGAUUUUGGGGACACGGCUAGGAAAGAGCGCGGCGUAUCUUGUCCUGGGUGCCUUCCCACGAGGGACGCACCGUAUCGAAAGGAUUCAGACUUGGGUCGCGUAUCAUUGCCUUCAUUUGCGAUUUGAUAUUGAGCAAAUAACCCCUACGUCACCUUCGCCUUCUGUCCAUUCUUGA